AAUAUAUGUUUCAACUAACGCCAAUUAAGAUACUGCAAUUGAUUUUUUAUAAUUGAAGACAAUCAAAUCCAUCAUCUUGAAUAAUAUAAGCUACAAAUUUCUGGUGCAUAUAUGCUAGUUCGGCAGUUAAUCAUUGUCUAAAACCGUACCGUACUGAUAGUCCGACCUAAAAGGUCACAUACCAAAAUCUAAAUCGGUUGGUAGUUUGUAACGAUAUGAAAUCAUUGAACGAUAGUUGAGCCAUGAUUUCAUCACAAAUAUCAUAUAAUUGAUUUAUUUAAGUACAACCUAUAUGAUUUACAGUACUUGUAAUAAAAUAUUGUUUUGUGAAAAUUUGUAGUUUCAAAUUUGAAAAUUCUUAAUGAAAUAAUGAAAUUUCAAUGUACAAAAAUAGGAACUUGCACGUUUUUUUUUACACUUUUGCUGGGUGAAUAUUAUAUUACCCUUUUAUUUAGUUAUUUUUUUCUGUACUUUACUUGCCCACUUUUUAUUCUUGAGGAAAAGAUUCCGGUGGGUGGGUAAAUUUAAAAGGUACCUAAAACAAAAAAACAAAAACAAAAACAUGAAAAAAAGAAAAAAACUAAUAAUACCGAAACUUGCGGGCAAUGCUCCGAGGCUUACGUGGCAACCGGGUUUUUCCAAACUGUUUUAAUAUAUUGUAAGAUUCUGGAUUUGGAAUUUCUUUCUUCUUGCUGCUUUUCCAGCACAGAAUUAUGACGCAUUAACUAUUUACCGGUUCCGAUUAAAUCUUCUGGUUCUUGAGUUACCGGAGAAUUCAGUCUCUGGAUCUUAGUUCAGUGUGUUUGUUACAAUAUCUGUUAGUUUCUUCUCGGUUUCUUGAGUGCAUGACGGUGUCCUUAACAGAUCUGGAUUCUAAGAUAUGCCCUUCCAGAAGCGAUGGAAUUUGUGGUGCUGCGGUAUAAGAAUCAUCAGUGCUUCGAUUCGGGAAUUCUAGACUGCUGUAGGGUUCUUAGCUUUUCCUGAUGUAGAAAUUGCAUUUCAAUUCUACUCUGUGCUUGUAAUUAGUAGUCUGAGUGAGAUAUGAACUAUUUACAGGAUGAACUGCUGCGUGUUUGGAAAAGUCUUGCUUUCCAAGUUUCAUCCUCCGAUUCAAUGUCUCAAGUUUAGUGAAAAAAAGUUUCAUAUGUUCAGUUGGUGGCAUCCCUGACAGUUACCAAGUUUCAACUGCUUCUUUUUGUUAUUGCUCUCUAGAUAGUUUGAUUGCCCAAACAAAAUGCUGAAAAAAGCAUGUUGGUUAUUGAUAAAUUGGGAUCACGACUCACUGUAGUAGGUCGGAUAAGCAGAUUCUGGUUUGGCACACUAUUGCUUCCCUUCAUUGUUGAAUUGGGGUUCAGUUGUUUGUAACAUUUCUUUUUUCUUGCAGCAGCUGCAUCUGGAUCAGUUAGCUGUGUCAUUUGGAAGAAAAGGUGACACUAAUACAACUUGAGCUAUGAAGCAGACGGACAAGAAGAAAACCCCAAACUUUUACGAGGCCAAGCGACCUGGGAUGACUGAAACUAAAGCCCGCUUCCGACCUAAGGAAAGGGAAUCUAAAGUUUUGCAUGCUUUUAAGCCUGUCCCCAGAGCUGUAGUAAGUGAUUCGAAUGUGGGCUCAGAGGCCUCUGAAGUUUAUGAAAAUCUGGUUAUACAUUAUGUGGAUGAUGUGAACAGGUGUGAGGACAGUGCAAUAAAAGACAGCACCUUGCUGUCAAAGGAGAACACGGGUGAGGUUUUAGCUGAUCAUUCUAAUGACACUGAGAGAGAUCAGAAGCUAGGGAAACAAAAGGAGUCAGAUUCUGAGACAAUAAAAGAUUCUGUGUCAUCCCACGGUGGGGAUUCAGUCGUAGGUGAUGAUGAGAAGGUAGAAUCAGUUUCUAGAGCUCCUAAAACUGUUGGUGGAACUAGGAAACGUACAUCAGUAGUAAGGGAUACUGAAGCUUGUAAAUUAAGAGCUAAAUCAGUAACGAACACCCCCAGAAAGCCAGCAGUCUCUAGUAAAGAACCAUCUACGGUGACCAGCAAAAAUGCUUCUGUCCAAAAGAUUGAUGUUAAGGAGGUUAAACUUGUCCCUAAACCUCCUUCUGAAACUUCUGAAGGAGGAGUAGAAGAUAUGAUCAUUGAUGAUGGUAAAGAGCCAGAUGUGUUCGAGGAGGCCUCAAACGCUACUACUCGGAGUAUUGCAAGUGACAAUGACACAGUUGAAGCUGAAGAAAAUAGUGAACAUGGGGAGGAUGCCACACUCCAAAAUCAACGGAUUGCAGAGAUGGAAACAAAAGUUGAGAAACUUGAAGAAGAACUGAGAGAAGUUGCUGUACUUGAAAUCUCCCUUUACUCUGUUGUACCUGAACAUGGGAGCUCAGCUCAUAAGGUGCAUACACCUGCUCGUCGCCUUUCAAGACUCUACAUUCAUGCUGGCAAACAUUGGACACUGGAUAAGCGAGCCACAAUUGCGAAAAACACAGUUUCAGGACUGGUACUGAUCUCUAAAUCAUGCGGAACUGAUGUUCCAAGGUUGUCUUUCUGGCUGUCCAACACAAUUGUGCUGAGGAAUAUCAUUUCCCAAGCAUUUGGAUGUUCUGGUAACUCUAGUAUGUCGAGGUUCACUAGGUCCAACGAGAGUAUGGAAAAAGGUGAAGGGAAGUGUCCAUCACUGAAAUGGAAAGGUGGUAGUCAACAAGGUAAUGGGUAUCCCCACUUUGUUGAGGAUUGGCAGGAGACUGGAACCUUCAUUGCUGCCCUGGAGAAAGUUGAGUCGUGGGUGUUCUCUCGAAUAGUUGAGUCUGUUUGGUGGCAGGCCUUGGCUCCACAUAUGCAAGCCCCAAGCAAGAAAUUGUUAUCCAGCAAAAGCAGUUCUCGGUUACUAGGCCCAGCAUUGGGAGACCAACAGCAAGGCGACUUUUCCAUCAACCUGUGGAAGAAAGCUUUCGAAGAAGCUUUUCGACGAAUUUGUCCGGUUAGAGCAGGAGGUCAUGAGUGUGGCUGUUUGCCAGUUGUGGCCAAAAUGGUUAUGGAGCAGUGUGUGGCACGGCUCGACGUAGCGAUGUUCAAUGCUAUUCUGAGAGAAUCGGCCAAUGAGAUCCCAACUGAUCCAGUAUCAGACCCUAUUUUGGAUUCAAGGGUUCUGCCUAUACCAGCAGGGGAAUUGAGCUUUGGCUCUGGAGCACAACUCAAGAACUCUGUUGGAAAUUGGUUUAGAUGGCUUGUAGAUACAGUGGCGAUGGAUGAUGAGGAAACCCCAAAGCAAGACGAAGAAACCAGUAGCGAGGUUGAUGAUGACCAUAGACAAGACGCCAAACCGAAGUGCUUCAAUCUUCUCAAUGACUUGAGCGAUCUACUUAUGCUUCCUAAAGACUUGCUGAUAGACAGAUCAGUGAGACAAGAGGUUUGCCCGUCAAUUGAUCUUCCACUGGUGAAGCGGAUACUCUGUAAUUUUACACCAGACGAGUUCUGUCCUGAUGCUGUCCCUGGAGCUGUACUUGAGGCCUUGAACGCCGGGAGCCUUGUGGAGCGCAAGCUCUUAGGACAACCCCCGAGAAGCUUCCCUUACUCAGCUGCACCAGUAGUCUACACUCCACCUUCAAGCGAUGCGGUAUCAGAAAAAGUUGCAGAGGUAGGUGAUAUAAAUGGCGGCCGCGGUGGUUUGAAGUCACGCUUGUCGAGGAAUGCUUCAGUUGUACAGAGGAAAGGAUACACCAGCGACGACGAACUGGAAGAGAUGGACUCUCCUCUUGUCUCAAUUCUCGACAGCUCGCAAUACUCCUCGAGUUGGAUUAACGGAAAGCACUGCAAGCAGAAGGUCACGAAUGCGAGGUACGAACUGCUCCGCGAGGUCUGGUCAGGCUGAAAUUGCUUACAUGGCCAAAAGAUUUGGAUAUAUACUGGUAGAUUUCACAGGCUCUGUAUGAUAAUGAAACAACUUGCCUCGU